GUUGACUCGCCAUCCCUCGAGACCGUUUUCCUUGCUCACUCGCCCCCGUCUUAACUCAUUCCCCUCUACCGUGCACUUAAUUUCGUUCUGUUACUUUUUGCCAGGCCGCCGCCCAUUUCUUUUUUCUAUGAGUUUUUUCGUAUCAGAGCAUGUGCAAUCCUUGACUCGAGUGCUUGCACGACAUGGGUUUAAUACCCUUAUUACUAUCGCUACUAUUGCUUUUUGAGCGAAAUGAUGCGGCGUCGCAAAAUCAGAAAGUCCCAUCCGCGCCAUUGAAUUUUGACGUCGUUCUCACUGCUCCAAAUCAGGUGAAAUUGACAUGGGACCGCCCCUUGCAUGUCAAUGGUCACAGCAAUUUUGGUGGCUACUAUGUGUAUGUAGAGAAAUUGUUGAAUGGAGAACCUGUAAAUCGACGUCGCUCCAAAUAUGACGUUAUAAACGAUCUUUCGAAACGGUAUUGGGAGAUCGAUAAAUUGGAACCGAAUACGGAAUAUGCGUUUCGAAUGAAUGCUUUCAAUCGUAAUGGAGAUGGAGAAUAUACGGAAACGAAGCGGAUAGUCACUGGAGGAAUUCCUCCACGCCAGCCGGAAAUUCAAUCAGUAGAACUACGUGGUGACGAAGCACCCUUGAGGGCUCACGUCGAGUGGAAAAGACCUCAACUCGCUCCUCUGGAAAGUCCCGUGGAUAGGUACAAUCUUUGGUACAAGGCGGAGGGAAGUACGGAGUAUUUCAAAAAGGUCGUAAAUGGAACGGCUACUAGUGCUGAAUUGAGCGGACUAUUAAUGGGCCGGGUAUACGAAAUUCUGUUGGGUGCGGAGAAUGUUGAAGGACAAAGUUCUAAUGCCACAGAACAAUUGGUAACACCUGUCGGGAAUCCGGAAGGAGAGCCGCUUAACGUUCAGUACGAAAUCGUCAACGGAAAGAUGCGAAUAUCAUGGGAGCCGCCAGCAGAAGAUAGACGAAAUGGUAAUAUUACAUCAUACAAAGCGAUUUUGACUCCAAUGGAGUCUGUAGGCGAACGAAUUGAGAAGCAGGUGACAGACGGUUCGAAUUCGGCGACAUUUGCCGUCGACGUUCGUAAAGCGUACACCUUCAAAGUGGCUGCGGCAACGAUGAAAGGAUUGGGACCCUACUCGCCAGUACUCACCAUCAAUCCGGACCCGACUGCUCUAGUCGGGCCUCCAACGAACAUCCGCGUCGAAGCCACAUCCAACAGUUCGGCCGUUGUGCAAUGGGACUUCGAAAAUGGACAGGUCGAUGGAUUUGUUGUGAAGUAUAUGCACGAACCUGGAGGACGCUCCGAUACGGAGCGAUGGACCGCUCGUACGGUGAUGAGCCCGAAUUCUCGUCAUCUUGAAGUACCACAUCUGACAGCGCACAAACCAUAUGCUUUCUGCGUAUUGGCCAUAAAAAAUAACAGGCAAGGUGCGUGCUCAGACCCGCCGACAUUGCUUGAACGAUUAACUCCUACGUAUAUGGUGCAAAAUCUCGUGGUUGAAUGGAAAACCAGCAACUCUGUCAAGUUGAAAUGGGAUUACAAUGGUCCUACACAUGUUGGCUUCUAUCUGAACCACACUGGCAAGAAAGAGUAUUUCGACCACACUUUGGCUAUGAAAAGUAUGACUACACCAGGAUUCAAACAUGAACUGGAUGAGGGCAGCCGGGAGUAUCUAUGGACUAACCUUCGACCGUACAUGCAAUACACCUUCCACGUCGGAGUACGAUCACUGCCCCCGGGAGCACGACAAUAUUGGCCAAAAGAGGUCGUGAUUGUAACGGAUCCAACUGGACCUCCUUUUGUCUUUCCACCUGAACUGGAUGAAGUGAUUGGCAGUGGUCUGGCUAGACCCGGUCAAAUCAUGGUUCGGUUGCGACCAGCCUCUGAAGAAUACGGACCCAUAUCUCAUUACUGGUUAAUUGUCGUGCCUGGCAAUUAUUCGAAAGACGAUGUCGUUAAUCUGGGUACUGCCGAGUUGGAAGCGAUGACAAUAGCGAGAAGAAGAGCAUUGGGAAAACAUUUGACCGUUUCGCCGACCAAGAAGGUGAAAAAGUCGCUCAGUAUGCAAGAGGAUAGGCCAUUCUAUACUCAACAAACCCCUCAUCAUCAUAUUAGAAUGCGUCGUAGCACCGACUUGGGCUCUUCGGCCUACAUAGCCGCUCGGAUUGAGGCCGAUGAAAUGAGGAAAAUGUACUCGGCUGACCGACCGUUUGCUGUUGGUGAUGACAAGAUCUAUAAUGGUUUCAACAACUUCCCGCUAGAACCGAAUACGAAAUAUCGUCUCAUGAUGCGCUCGUUUGCUAAGGCUGAUGGAAGACGGAAGGAUGAGUUCGAUAAGCGAGCUCCGAUGGGUGAGAAGCUCACUCGGUUAUACUCCGACUCGGCUCUGACAGAACCGUUCACCACUCGGGCUGCCCUCAGAGCUGGUGCUAAGCCGGGCGGUUUCUGGUUGAUUGGCCCGCUUAUUGCAUUGCUUAUCAUUGCAAUUCUCAUCGGAAUGUUGGUGUGCUGGUGGUUACGAUGCAAUAAAAAGUCUGCUGGUAGAGGACAUCGCCAUGGAUCCAUCACAAAAGUUGCUCUUACUGGAAAUAUCAUGAAUGGCAUUCCCGGCGAGACAAGCAAAUUGCUUUCAACUGAUACCUAUGGUCGAAGUGUGAUGAAUCCUUAUGAGCAGAUGAAUGGACAUGGUAAUGGACACAUGGAAUCAUCAGUAGAUCUUUACCCGUUGCCACGAAGUCAGUCUCGUGCUGGUACUACAAAUUAUGCUCCGGUGCCAGUUGCCAUGCCAUGUCUUCCGUCAGGUGGAACCAUGCUCGGAACUCAUCUCGUCACGCAUCCUGCGGUACCCAUCUCUGAGCUUGCGCAACACAUCGAAAGAUUACGCAUGAACAACAACGCAGGAUUCCAACAGGAAUUUGAAUCCAUCGAGACCGGCCAACAGUUCACGUGGGAGAAUAGCAGUGCUGAAAUGAAUAAGCAUAAAAAUCGCUACGCUAAUGUGGUUGCGUAUGACCACUCGCGUGUGGUACUCUCCUCAUUAGAUGGCAUACCCGGGACUGACUACAUAAACGCAAAUUACAUCGAUGGAUAUGAUAAACCUAAGGCCUAUAUCGCGACGCAAGGUCCGUUGCCAGAAACGUUCGGUGACUUCUGGCGAAUGGUUUGGGAAGAAGGAUCCUCCACAAUAGUUAUGCUGACUAACCUGGAAGAGCGGUCUCGGGUGAAGUGUGAUCAGUACUGGCCAUCGAGAGGAAGCUCCACUUAUGGAGAGAUUGAGGUAACGCUGAUGGACACAACCGUUCUUGCUCACUAUACCAUGAGAGCGUUCCGCAUUCAAGUAGUUGGAGAAAUGGAGAUGCGAGAGAUCCGACAUUUGCAGUAUACGGCCUGGCCAGAUCAUGGUGUACCCGAUCAUCCCACUCCUUUCCUGAUCUUCUUGAAGAGGGUGAAGACUUUGAAUCCUCCCGAUGCCGGUCCGAUCAUCUCACAUUGCAGUGCGGGUAUUGGCAGAACGGGUGCAUUCAUAGUGGUGGAUUGCAUGCUUGAAAGGCUCCGCUACGAGAACACGGUCGACAUUUUUGGUUGCGUGACAUCGCUCCGAAGUCAGCGCUCCUAUAUGGUUCAGACUGAGGAUCAAUAUAUAUUCAUUCACGACGCCGUGCUCGACGCUGUCAACAGCGGCUCGACCGAGGUGCCUGCCGUAAAAUUAAGGCAACACGUAAUGGCACUGCAACAAAUGGCACCGAUGGAGGGAGCGGCCGGAAUGGAGUUGGAAUUUAGGCAUUUGUCUACACUGAAAUGGGCAAACUCGCGUUGUUCCAUCGCCAGCCUCUCUUCUAAUCGGCACAAAAACCGACCGUCGGCCGUAGUUCCUUAUGAUAGCAAUAGAGUCAUCAUGCAGGCCAUUCCUGGUGUCGAAGGAAGUGACUACAUAAAUGCUAGCUGGGUAGAUGGAUACCGAGAAAGAUGCGCUUAUAUCGCCACACAAGCCCCAACAGAUCAAACUGUGGCAGAUUUUUGGCGGAUGGUUUGGGAACACGAUUGCGCCAUUAUUGUCAUGUUGACAAAAACUUGGGAGAUGGGAAGGGAAAAAUGCUGUGAAUAUUGGCCACAAGAGACGGGAGCCCAAGUCGGACAAUUAGUCGUUGAACCGAUUGCCGAAUAUAAUAUGCGGGAGUAUAUUCUUCGUGAAUUCCGGCUCAAUGAUGUGCAGACUGGAAUGUCUCGGACGGUUCGGCAUUUCCAGUUUACAGAUUGGCCAGAACAAGGUGCGCCCAAAACGGCAGAGACAUUCUUAGAUUUGAUACAGCAGGUGCAUCGAACGAAGACGCAAUUUGGCGUCGAUGGCCCCAUCGUAGUGCAUUGCUCCUCAGGUGCUGGUCGUACGGGUGUAUUUGUUGCUUUAGCAAUCAUCAUCGAUAGGAUGCGAUUGGAGCACGUCGUCGAUGUUUUCACUACGGUGAAAUUGCUGCGAACUGAGCGGCAAAACAUGGUCGAAGACAAAGAGCAAUAUCACUUUUUGUACCUGGCUGCAAUCGAGUUCCUCGCCUCGUUUGAGCAAUACCCAACUGCCUAGAUCUAUAACUAAUCCCUCGCACCUCCUUUUAUCGAAGAUGUUUUACGUCCCAGUGGCUUUCUCAGCGUCUUACCAAUUGGUGCACCUCUAGUGCAAUUUUUGCGGGUCGUCUGUUGUAUCAUUUUUGUCUCGUCACUAGUUUUGACGACUUUCCACUGUCUCUUCUUUCAUUACGGGUACUUUUGCACCAUUUCUGAUUCUGUGUCUUUGGCUUGUACUAUCAGAUACUCUCUUGAUUGUUUUGCUUAUGUGUAUGUAUAUUCGUAAUGAUUUGUUGCUGAAAAGUCCCAGAUGAUGCAGAAUGGAGUUUGCGAUCUAAUCGUACUUCGUUCUACUUCCUCUGACUUUGAUUCCUUUUAUCAUUGAUAUUUUGCAUUGCUCACCUUGCACUUUCUCAUACGUAGAAGCCUCAAUGUCUAUUCAACUCCAACAAGAGUUGAGCCCAUAACUUUAUUCUGUUAUGGAUAUUUGCGGAUUAAUUGGCCAUCUGAUGUUUUGUUGUGUUGCUUAAAAGUCUGACCCUAUUCUCAAUAAAUUUAUA